AGGCGUUUUAAAAAGCUAAUGUCUGGUAGCAACUACACACAAUGGCUUUAUCUAAGGCACUGGGGUCUAAGCUAGAUUCUUUACCUAGUUACACUGUCUGUGCCAGCAUUAUUCUAUGGCCGCACGGCGCCGUGCGCUCCGAUAGCGGACCAACCACGGCCGCUCGCUCGCUUCGCCAUUUUUCUCCAGCCAGUCCUGUUAUAACCGCCGCACGGCCCGCCCGUACGCGACAUGGCAGCUCACGACAAAGCGAUCGUGCUCAUUUUCAACCCAUCGAACCCCUUUAAAAAUUAAAAAAAAAACCAUAAUAGAACGCCAACAGUGGCCAGUGACUUUAAUCCAGAUUUCAGUGAAGUUUACCAGUGUUGAAGCAGUUUUGAAAAGUUCUGUUGCAAUUUUAGUCCGCCUAAAACUUGGGCCGUGAUACAAAAGAGGUUGGUUUUCGAUUGUAAAUGUUGGACGGAGGUUUGUUUUGAAUUAUAAGUGGCACUUUCGAUUUGGACUGGACGUUACUUUGAGUGGCGCAAAGCUGGCGGUAGUCCGUGGAAACUUGACAGAAGGUCAAGCUCCGAAGCCCUGGAUUCCCUUUAAAAUCAACAUGGAUUCCGAGAGCCGGAGCGAGUCAGCCCUCAACAGCCCUACGGAGCCCGACGUGUCGCUAGCGGCCUCUCUUACGGACCCUAUAGAGGCCACAACGCUGGAGGAAGCCAGGAGAACCAUUAGAGACCUAAGAAUGAAGUACCGCGCGCAAGCCCACCAGCUCCUCACCUGGCGGCGCGCGCAUCGCAUCCAAGAGGACCUAGUCUCCCGCCUCCAAAUAGAGAAGGCCAACCAGCUCAAGUCCCUCUCCAGCCAGCUCCUACUCUUCGAGUCCCGCCUGGUCCGCAAGCAGAAGGAAAUCUGCAACAUCAUCACCGUCAGAGAAUCCAUCAUCGCCAAACAGCAUAAAGCCAUCGAAGCCCUGCAAGCGAAACUACUCGAAAACGGAAUAGAACCUACACAAGCCAUCCCCGACUUUAGAGAAAUGCUUCAAGACACGCAAAUCGCCGACUUCGAUAGCCUCAACGAUUCUGACUCUGCUGUCAUUAUGGAAGACGUGGAUUCAGACUGUAGCAAUCUCCCACACGUCCCACGCUUCAGAAACGCUGAUUCUGUCACCAUCGUACGAUCCAUCUCAGACGCUAUCGAUCCAAAUUUAAAAUACAGCAUCAUUCGCCGUUCGAACGGCUUCCUACGGCGUCCAGAGAUCUUAGAGACUGUUUACAGCGUUGAAGAAGAAGCCGACGCGGAUUCCAUGAAAGGCCUAAGCGCUCAGAACUCGACAGAGAAAGAGCUCAAAGACAAUAAGACGGACGAAGAGAAACAGAAAGAGACAACUAGUCUUCUCUCUCAACGACGCGACAACUUCCGCAUGAGAAGCGUCGUGUUGACAGAGGCACUCAAAAGCAUAGAUGAUGAUAAGAAGAACGAUACCUGGGCGUACAGUUAUGUUCCAAAGAAAACCGCUUCCGACGACGAAGCUACAGAGAGUGACGAGGAAACGGAACGGAACCCUGUAGUGACGUACAAUCGAGUCAUGUCUAAUCACCGGAACGUGACGAAACCAAAGGACGUGAAGUACAAGAGGAUAAACAAAGCGAAAUCGAAGAGCUUGGAGGAGUUGCGCGGCCGGCUCAAGAACUGGGUCGACAAAGGGAAUAAGUUCGCGAACUUGACCUUGGAGCAUGCGCAGAGCUACGCUUAAGUUCCUUUGCGAAUAAUCGCAGACAAAUAAAAUAGCGUACAGGCAACCAAUCGGAACCCUAGGCCA